UCCACAAAGUACAGCCAUUCCUCUUAGCAACCCGGUCGGGCGGAUCACGCCAACCUUCCUAUUCCCAUCGCACAGGGGGAAGAGACAGCCUGGGAGGGUAGAGUUCACCCGCCUGCGGUGGUCAUAUUGCCAAGGCAGGGACUUGGAUCUUCCGUGGUCUCUUAAAGAUUGGUUGAGCGGCCCGUAUCACCAGAGCACCCAGGAGCACCCCCUUGGGGUAGUCCUGGCUGGCGGCGGGGUUCGAGGGGCAGGAGGAGGCGGAACCCGGAGUCGCGCGGCUGCGGUGGCCACUUCGAGGCGCCGGGCCUCUUUGGGAAGUGCACUCCUCCUCCCCUCCCCCUCUCCGCUUUUCCACACUCACGGAACAAUCCACCCAGACACACUUCCGCCGCCUAUCCCCUCCAACCCGGAACGGUUAGAGCGGAGGACCCGUGAAGGUCGUCUGAAGGCUGUGUACAAGAUGGCGGCGGCGCUGGCAGUUCCUCGCCUGGCCCGGUAUGGAUUGUUUAGUUUUCGACCCAGCACAGCCCUGCAGGUUCAGCUGCUCCAUCAGAGUUCGGUGACAGAUGCAAGCAGCCCUGUCCCAGAGGGAAAGAAGAGUGGGACAAUAGUCCCCAAAUCCUCCUCCCUCCCAAGCAGCAAGGGGGAGUAUGUAAUCACCAAAAUAGAUGACCUGAUCAACUGGGCCCGGCGGAGUUCUAUGUGGCCCAUGACCUUUGGAUUGGCCUGCUGUGCUGUGGAGAUGAUGCACAUGGCAGCUCCCCGAUAUGACAUGGACCGGUUUGGGGUGGUAUUCCGGGCCAGCCCACGUCAGUCAGAUGUGAUGAUCGUAGCCGGCACUCUCACCAACAAAAUGGCCCCAGCUCUCCGAAAGGUAUAUGACCAGAUGCCAGAGCCUCGUUAUGUAGUCUCCAUGGGAAGUUGUGCUAAUGGUGGAGGAUAUUACCACUACUCAUAUUCUGUAGUGAGAGGAUGUGACCGCAUUGUGCCUGUGGAUAUCUACGUCCCAGGCUGCCCACCUACAGCUGAAGCAUUACUCUACGGGAUCCUGCAGCUCCAGAAGAAGAUCAAACGGGAAAAGAGGCUCAAGGUGUGGUACCGGCGGUGACAACGGCCUCCCGCCCCGGCCUCUCUCUGUUUGUGAUCUCAUGCCAUGUAAAUGUCAAUAAAACACCCAUGUAACAGAUACUGUUGUCUCUGCUUGGUACCCAGGGCAGCCUGCUGUGGUGGAUAGAGAGAACCCUGGACUUGGCACUUAGGGCCUGCACUCAGAUCCCUUCACUUAAUUCCACAUGGCCUCAGUUUUCCGUCUGUGAAAUGAAUGUUGGACUAGAUGCCAUCUAAGGCUUUGUCUACACACAUACAAGUGUGUGCUGAGUCCUAGGUGGAUUAUAGGCUGGAUAGGACUGAGGGUAAGGCCAUGAGGUCCAUCUCUUGUUACUAGAACAAUAGCUGAGUUAUUUCUGGAAAGCCAUCCUGCAAAUGCGAACUGUUGGAGACUGUGGGUGAGGUGGAGGAGGGUUCCACAUAAGGCCUCCUCAGUGCUGGGGGAUCUAGUGUCAUCGACAUUUACACACAAUCCCCGCAGUCAAAGCACAUGAAAGCGUGUGGCCUCCCUGUGGAAAAUCUGUACCCUCUUGAUACCAUACCAAGGAGGGUUGCAAGUGAGUAGGAUCCUGCUGGUCACAGGUGGACCUCGCUUUCUAUGAUGUGUUUGUCAAUCAGGCUCCGAAUCCUCUGUGAUUGAUACAGUAGGUGCUCAAUAAAUGCUUGUUGGUGAUGAUGA